UUAUGAACUCAAAUCAUCAGUGCACUCAUAGCAUCAAUUCCAUAACCCUUAAUCAUUAAUCAUUUGGAAGUUAUAUUAAGCAAAGAUAACAGCAAGGAACCAGUAUCAUGGCUCUAGCAGAGGUUCAUUUUUCUGUUGCAUCUCUUAUGGUGUUGUUGGCAAUGGGGUUGAUGGCAGAGGCAGCCAGAUAUCCACCUGGACUCGACAAUCCUAACCAAGCCACUUGUAAAAACAAGGAGUUCACAGAAUGUUACAACCAGCAGCCUCAAGUUUGUCCUGAGUUUUGUGGUGACCAGGGUUGUCAUGUCAAUUGUGUUACAUGCAAACCCGUCUGUGGUCCUGAUGAUGGAUCAUCUUCAAGUCCUCCCAAACGCAGUACUCUAACAAAAGAGGAGAAAGAAAAGAACAAAGCAGAGAAAGAGAAGGAGAAAGAAAAAAAGAAACAAGAGAAAGAGAAGGCGAGAGAAGAGAAGAAAAAGGAGAAAGAAAAGAAGAAAGAAGAGAAACAGAAGGAGAAGAAAAAGAACAGUCCUCCGGUGUACCCUUCACCACCUACUGUGCCGACCCCUUCACCUCCAGUGUACCCAUCACCACCUACUGAGCCAACCCCUUCACCACCUACGGAGUCAACUCCUUCACCUACAGUGUAUCCAUCACCACCUACUGAGCCAACUCCUACCCCUACAACUCCAUCCACUCCACCUAGUUCCGAGGUUUCAGCAAAGAGACGAUCUAGGUGCAGGAACCCCAAAUACGGAAAGUGCUACAAUGUUGAGCAUGUUUGUCCCGCUGCAUGCCCUACUGGAUGUGUGGUUGACUGCGUCACCUGCAAACCCAUGUGCAACUGUGAUCAACCCGGAUCUGUUUGCCAAGAUCCAAGGUUUAUAGGUGGUGAUGGUAUCACCUUCUACUUCCAUGGAAAACAAAACAGGGAUUUCUGCCUCCUCUCAGACUCCAACCUCCAUAUAAAUGCCCAUUUCAUUGGUAAAAGAAACCAAAACAUGAAGAGAGACUUCACUUGGGUACAGGCCGUUGGUAUCCUCUUCGGUGACCACCAAAUCUACGUUAGCGCUCAAAAGACAGCUGCUUGGGACGAUUCUGUCGACCGUCUGGGACUCACUUUUGAUGGACAACCAAUCUACUUGCCUGAAUCGGAAGGAGCCAAAUGGAAAUCUGAAGUUGCUCCGAGUGUCACCAUUACUAGGUCAAGUACGACUAACAAAGUCAUUGUUGAAGUAGAAGGAAACUUCAAAAUAACUGCAAAUGUUGUACCAAUUACGGAAGAAGAAUCUAAGGUUCACAGCUAUGGUAUAACUAAAGAUGAUUGCUUUGCUCAUCUUGACCUCGGUUUCAAGUUCUAUUCACUUGCUCAGAAUGUAAAUGGUGUCUUGGGUCAGACUUAUGCCAAAAACUACGUGAGUAAAGUGAAAAUGGGUGCAUCUAUGCCUGUUAUGGGUGGAGAUGAUAAGUUUAUCGUCUCAAAUGUCCUUGCUAAGGAUUGUGCUGUUGCUAGAUUUACUGGCUCUUCUAGCAGCGAAUCUUCUUCGGAGUAUACUAGUAUAUCUUGCAGUAGUGGAAUUGACGGACGCGGUGUUGUCUGCAAGAAAUAGAACUUUUAACUGGCUUGAAUAAGACUCUUACACGUGGGAAUAUUAUUAUUAUUAUAAACUGAUAUUAUCUGCAUUAAAAAAUGGGUUCUUUACCAUAAUGUUUCAAGCCCUGAAGGGUUAGUAUGCAUGUACUUUGGCAAGAUUUGCGGUGAAUUAUCACGGUUACAGACAGUGUUCAGCCGUCCUGUUUCAAGAAAAUUUAAAAAUGGAUUCUUUACCAUAGUGUUUUAAGCCAGCCCAAUAAACAUUAAAA